AUUGCAAAUCAAGAAUUAAGUACCAGCUCCACUCACUACCUUCCGUGCACAUUAGAGUGUAGGGUAAACUUGCUCCGGAGUGGAUCUGCAAUAUUUCGCUUCCAGUAAUGAAUCAAUUUCAACUACACCAACAAGCUUGCAACUCUUCCAACCGCGUCUUCGCCCUUUCAGCAACGCGCAAAAAUGUGCGGAAUCCAUGCUAUCAUAUCCUCAAGCCCCGAACAAACACUGUCAUCCGUGUUAGAGCGAUGUUUGGUAAAUAGAGGACCUGAUCAUACAGGAACUGUCAAGACGCAGCUUGAUGAUCUCUUCCUGACCUUUACAUCAACCGUGUUAUCACUGCGAGGUGAUCACAUAGCAAAGCAGCCGCUUGUGGAUCAUGUGACUGAAUCUGUCCUAUGCUGGAAUGGCGAGGCCUGGGGUAUUCGAGGAGAGUCUGUACAAGGCAACGAUGGUGAAGCUAUUCUUGCUUUGCUGGCUGAAGCGAGUCGUGGCGCAGGAGAUGUCAUGGACAUCCUGCAGACCAUUGAAGGGCCUUUCGCGUUUAUCUACCUGGAUAAACCUGCCAAGCGGCUUUACUACGGACGCGAUCGACUAGGCCGCCGGUCGUUGCUGGUCAGAGAUGGGUCUCCGUUUGUUCUGUCAAGUAUCGCUGAGACACCGGUCGAUGGAUGGACCGAGGUCGAGGCUGAUGGAUGCUAUACUCUGGAUCUCUCCAAGGGCGCUUCGUCUGAUGGAAUUGUGCCAGACCGGCACGAUUGGACCGCGGAUACUUCUUUGAUAUCGAGUAUCGGUAGUUUUAACGAAGAUCUCCCGCAGCAGAAUUCUGCUCUCGGACAAGAUUCAAGAUCUGUGCAAGAGCUGCAUUCUCGCUUAGUCGAGUCUCUUCGACUACGAGUUCUAGAUGUGCCACUACCCCCAAAGGCUACUCCUACGGAUGCGAGAGUUGCAGUGCUAUUCUCAGGUGGCCUUGACUGUACUGUGCUUGCGAGGUUGUCUCAUGACAUGAUUCCUGCGGAUCAGUGUAUUGACUUGAUCAAUGUUGCGUUUGAGAAUCCCAGAAUAGCAGGACAGUUUAAGAACCUGUCCCGGGAGGAGCUUUAUGAGAAGUGCCCGGAUCGAAUGACAGGGAGAAAUGCCUUUGCAGAGCUCAGCGGUGUCUGUCCCGGCAGGACAUGGCGGUUUGUGGCGGUGAACGUGCCUUAUGCUGAGAACCUAGAGCAUAGAGCUGAAGUCAUUCGUCUCAUCUAUCCUCACAACACAGAGAUGGAUUUGUCCAUUGCGUGUGCUUUAUACUUUGCUGCAAGAGGACAAGGACUUGGCGAAACAACCAUCGACUCAAAUCCGCAGCCUUAUAGCACGACAGCGCGAGUGUUGCUGUCCGGUCUGGGUGCCGAUGAGCUGUUUGGUGGAUACGGUCGACACGGCGUGGCUUACACGCAUCGUGGCUACGCAGGAGUUGUACAGGAGCUGAAGCUCGACGUCAGUCGGCUUGGGAAGAGAAAUCUCGGUCGAGAUGACCGGGUUAUGGCACACUGGGGUCGAGAAGUGAGAUUCCCCUAUCUUGAUGAGCGUUUUGUCAAGUGGGCAAUCGAGUCUCCUGUGUGGGAGAAGUGUGAUUUUGAAACGCCUGGUGGUGAAGGAAAUCUCGACGCCGAGAAAAGAGUGUUGCGGCUAGUGGCUCAAUCACUUGGCAUGAGCUCUGUUUCAAAAGAGAAGAAGCGAGCUAUACAAUUCGGUGCGAGAACGGCCAAGAUGGAGAGUGGAAAGGUUAAAGGGACGACAGUGCUUUCAACAUGAUAUUCGAGUCAAGUGGCUUAUACUGUAUACAUGACGGGAACAACUCGGCAGUGAUGAUUCUUCAGAUACUUCUGAGACAUAUGCAACCAUGGGCCAAACAUUGACUGGAAGUCGUGUGUUUGCAGUUCAUCGACUGCUAACCCUCUUCUCGGCGUGUUUUAUGCAUGGAUCAUGUCAUUGAAGUCGUAAAGGCAAGUCUGAGCUGAGGUAAUCGGAAUUGAGUUAAAGCAGAGGGUGGUAGAUAGAUAGAUAAGUUAUGGCAUGAACACGGUGAUCCUUGAACAAUGAUGCAAGAUAACGAUAACGCCCGAACCCCUGCGGCGUAGCGAAGGUCAGAGGCUGUA